GCAGAUAAAGUAUGGCUUUCGCAUUUCGUGUAGCAGUUAGCACAUUCAGUUUAGUUUGGCUGGAAAAUUUCGAAGCGCUUAAAUGAAGCAGAAAGAUGACGAAACCGGAGAAACAUAAACCGAAGACUUUUGAAUUAUUAAUCAAGCGCGUCUUUGUCUCCAUAGCGCUUGUCGUCUGCUAUUCAACUGAAACGGAAGCUUCUUUAGAUGAGAUUUCCCCUUUUAUUAGCAACUAUGAGCUAGUGACGUAUGAUCACGCGGCAUUACGUCAUGAUCAUUUGACUAAGCGGUCAACCAACCAACCAGUCAUUUUCCAGUUUGCAGCGUUUGGAAGGACAUUUACGCCUAUUAUGAAACCGAUGUCGGAUAUCUUCCAUUCGGACCUGAUAGUCGAAACCGGUAACUCAAGUUUGCCGUUCUCUUCGUAUACGUCGUACAGCGGACAUAUUAAAGAGUGUGGAGGAAAGGUUCACGGUAUUAUCACAAAAGAGGGUAAUUUCGAGGGCCGAAUAAUUACAAACGACGAUAUCUACCACCUUGAAAGGACAAGUCAUUACAAGCACAUAUCCGAUCCUACACCGUAUCACACGGUGGUGUACAGGCAAUCUGACGUCAUUUUUAAUAUCACCAAUGCGAAAUGCUCACAUGCGCGAAAGAUGAAGACAAGCUCAAUUGUUGGGAAAACGAAAUUCAGUGAUUCAGAUUCAAAACAAACGCACGCCGAUUUCGGUUCUGAAAAAUGGAUGACAAGAAAUUAUCGGCGCUACAAACGAGGCGCCGAUCCCCUGAAAACCACAUGCGAACUUUAUAUGCAGGCUGACCACCUGUUGUACGAGAGAUAUGGAAGCGAUAUGGACACCGUCAUUGAGAAACUGACAUUGCACGUGCAAGUCGUGAACGCUAUUUUUCAAACAAUAGAUUUUGAUGGCAGCGGAAGCCCGAAUAACGUGGGGUUUAUAAUCAAGAAAAUCAAGGUCUGGACGGAUUCAAAGGCGGAAGGAUACAAAUAUAGCGGCAACUAUGACGUGGACUACUUUCUGGACCUACAUUCUAAGGAUAAUUAUGACUCAUUCUGCUUGUCGUACUUAUUUACUUUUAGGGACUUUUCAGAUGGUGUUUUGGGUCUCGCGUGGAUAGGAGACUUACAAGGGUCGGGUGGAGUGUGCGAGAAAUAUAAGACAUACCAAGGCAUAGGCAUGAGUCUCAACACCGGCAUUGUGACCACGCUGAACUACGGUUCGGACAUACCGCCGGCAGUCUCAUAUGUGACCUUCGCCCACGAAAUCGGCCACAACUUUGGAUCAGACCAUGACCCGGAUUCCAGUCCCAUUUGCGCUCCGGGAGAUCCAACCGGAAAUUACAUCAUGUACUCGCACGCGACUCCAGGCACAAAGCCGAACAAUAACAAAAUGUCUAGUUGCAGCAUAGAGUCGAUUGGUCCUAUUUUAGAAGCCAAAGCAUGGAGUGCGGUUGGAUGUUUUGUUCAGAACACGGGUCAGAUAUGUGGUAACCGUGUGGUCGAGGGGGACGAGGAGUGUGACUGCGGGUGGGGCGAGGAGUGCGUCGAGAGCUGCUGCAACCCCCAGGUAGAGAACCCAGGGCUGCCCGGGUUGGAGACCCCGUGCACACGGAAAUCAUCCGCCGUUUGCAGUCCCAGCGAGGGUGCGUGCUGCAAGAACGACUGCACGUACUCUGGCACGGAUCACUCGUGCAGGAAUGAAUCCGGCUGUCUGGACGAGGCUUUCUGCAAUGGAACGUCAUCAAUAUGCCCGUCUUCUGCGCACAAAGCGAACACAACUUCCUGUGGUGGCGAGGAUUCCUCUCUCGUGUGCUUCAACGGGGAAUGUUCAGGCUCAAUAUGCCUGGCCCACGGUAGAGAACCUUGCUACUGCCCGGGGUCAGACUGGAAGGAUGUUCAGCUAUGUCAGGUGUGCUGCAUGGACGAUGGUGUGUGCAAGUCCUCAUACGUGCUAGAUGACAUACCGGACGCCGCAGCCCUGCCAGGAACGCCGUGUAACGAUCUCAAAGGCUACUGCGACAUAUUCAGGAUAUGCAGAGAGGUUGAUCCGUCCGGCCCACUGAGCAUGCUCAGUCGAUUUCUCACCGGAGACGGGUUCUCAAAAGUGUUGGACUACCUGUCAAAGCAUUGGUAUAUCGGCCUAGCUGGUGGACUGGUACUCAUUAUAGUCAUCGUACUUAUGUUCAAAUUCUGCUCAAAAUCCCACAAAAUGCUUGAUGACGAUGACGAUAGGCCACCAAAGAGAAGGAUUUUAGCAUUUGCCCACAAUACGCCUCGACAAAUCAGUGCUCUCGGGAAUCGUAACAGAGUAACACCAACCGAUGUGAACAUGGUGGACACGUACAUGUGAUAGUACUCGUUUUGACAAAUGUAUAGAAAUAGAAACAAUUUAUAUAUAAACAAAGUGAAGACCUCCAAUUGCACCAGCUCCUUUUAAAAUUGUAUAGUAACAAGUGAUAUAACAAUUAACUCACAAAUGGAAUGGUCAAUACAAAUAUCACUGAGAGUUUAAUCAUGUCAAAGAGAAACGUAAUAAUAAUGAUUUAAAUGUACUUACAAUUUCUUGUUCAACAUGAGUCUAAACUAUUUUAUGAUAUAUAAGGGAAUACGUCUAAAAGAUGUGUCAGCAAGAUGGAAAAAUUGCCUGUUUAAACGCACUGCUAUGUGGAUGUGGUUUUAGCCUCGCAGCAUUUUAGUGUAUUUAUUCUUGCACAAACAUGGGAGCCUUUAUGCCCGUUUUACUUGUGUCCUUUAUUUCGAGUAGAUUGUUUUGGGUGACAAUGCAUAUACUGUUUUAAAUGUUUUUACACAAGGUUUUGAGCUAUUUUUUAAGAAUUUAAAACGAUAACACAACGUGUUAUAAUGGUGAGUAUUGACUUCGGGUAAUGGCUUUUGCAUAUUAUAUGUAUAAAAAAAGAUGGAAUUAAGGUGGGUGUGUAAUUAACUGCACUUUAUGUACAUAGAAGGGGGCACUCUAUACGGACAACGAUGUCUUUGCCGUUACACCUCGUAUUCCAAAGUGUGAUCAGGAAAUACUUUGUUUAUUAAGCAUACGCCCCUGUGGUUUUGAAUAAUAAAAACAGAUAUUAAUGGAUCUUUUUCUUGAUGGAAUUACGUUGGGCAUAUUCAACUGCAAUGCUUAUUUGUUGUUGUUGUUUUGUUACAUGGAUUACAUCGUUUUCACGGGAAUGAUUGUGUUCUGGCACUGCAUUUUAUGUAUUCAACUUGCAAAUGUUGUAUUGAGACACGAUGACUGCUUAUAGUGACAACAUGUAAAUGUGUUCUUGCAAAGUUACUUUUCAAUGAAAAGGCACAGUUCAUGUUUUCACGGAAUAUGUUAGUCAAUUCAAUAUACACUUUAACCCGCCCCCCCCCCCCCAAAUUGCUUUAAAAGGUAUUAAGCAAGGUAUUUCUGGCGGCCAUCUUGGACGCCAUCUUGAAAAAAACACUUUUCGGUGGAUUGAUUUUUGGUAAACUUUAGAUUCGAAAUAAAAUACUUUUUCCCUACCCGGAUCACUUGAAAUACCUUUCGUAGCAAUUUGUUAUUUUUUGGGUGGUGGUAUUUUUCAUAUAAUGACCCCACUGUGUAUUGAAAUCACACUAACCACGUACCUACAGACGCACCUUGAUACAAUGGCAAAACUGAAUGAUUAUUUGAUAGCAACUUGAUAUAUGGCAUGCAUGUGUAUCUUAAGGAGCUGAACAUUUUGAGUGGUGAAAGGUAAAGGUCAAGGUCAUCUUUCAAGGUCAAAUGCCGAAUAUAUGGCGUCUGUCCGUCCGAAAACUUUAACUUUGGCCAUAACUUGUGCAAUAUUAAAGAUAGCAACUUGAUAUUUGGCAUGCACGUGUAUCUCAUGAAGCUUCACAUUUUGAGUGAUGAAAGUUCAAGGUCAAGGUCAUUCUUCAAGGUCAAGGUCAUCCUUCAUGGUCAAAGGUCUAAAAAAUAAAUAAAUAAAUUCAAAGCGGUGUUCUUAUGAAGCUGCACAUUUUGAGUGGUGGAAGUCCAAGGUCAAGGUCAUCUUUCAAGGUCAAGGUCAUCCUUCAAGGUCAAAGGUAAAAAAAAUCAAAGCGGCGUUAUCAUGAAGCUGCACAUUUUGAGUGGUGGGGGUUCAUUGUCGAGGUCAUCCGUCAAGGUCAUCCUUCAAGGUCAAAGGUAAAAAAAAUAAUUUCAAAGCGGCGUUCUCAUGAAGCUGCACAUUUUGAGUGGUGGAAGUUCAAGGUCAAGGUCAUCCUUCAAGGUCAAAGGUAAAAAAUAACUUUUUUUCAAAGGGGCAUAAUAGGGGGCAUUGUGUUUCUGACGAACAAAUCUCUUGUUUUUUUCAAACAUGGUUAAAAACACAAAUAUUUAUUUUUAUUAUUUUAUUUUUGAAAUACCGUCCAAUCAUCCCACCCAAGAAUCCCUCCCCCCCCAAAAAAAAUUAUUUUUUUUUUGCAUUUUUGGAAGAUAAUGUAAUAAAUGACCACACCCCCACACUAUACUGUACACCCCUCUCCACUCCACCCCUCCCUCCUUUGUGAUUGAAAUUGAUAUAGGUCCCUACACCUUUAAAAAGAAAAAUAGAUGAGCGGUCUGCAACCGCAAGGCGGUUCUCUUGUUUAAAUUUGUAAUGCUCAUGCUGUAAGUAUUUAUAAUGUCAUAUUGAUAAAAUAUUAACAUAAAAUUUGAAUAAUGUUAUUGCAUCGUUUAGAUGUUUUGUGCUACAACAAUAUUGCUGAUAUUAUAAAUAUAGUUUCAAUAAUUCAAUUUUAAUUUCUUAUACUUUGCUUAAUAUUAUUGAUAGUAUUUUAACAUUUUGAAUACUAAAAUUUGGCAGAUUUAUUUUGCAUUACUACUUUUACUCUAAUACGUGGAACACAGUAACGCUCAGACACCUUUAUGUUAAACUAACCACUUGAUAUUUAUAAUGCUCUUUCUGAAAUUAAUUUUGUAAUAAAGGUUUUUAUACGAUG